GAGUCCGAGAACUUUGCGACACUUAAAACUAAAGUCAAGUACCUAAUACGCAAUACGAUACAAUAAUUCGCCAAAAUGUUACCCAAGAUUUUUAUAGCACUCACCGUUAUCCUUGGCCUAAUUCGGUUUAGAAGUGUUCUUAUUAAGAAGUUGGUUAUUUUUAAAUAUUAUUUAAAACUGUCAUCAUACUAUGUGUUCCUUACAUUAACUUCGACGUUAGUUCUACCGUUACUACUGAUUCGGCCGAAGCAUUACAUGAAUGGGAUAAUAACAUCGAGCGUAAUGAGACAAAUCACAAAACUCUACGGAGUGAAAUGGCAUCUGCGCAACGGAGAAAUUCUAGCCGAGGAUCGAGGAGCUGUCAUUAUAAGUAACCAUCAGUCAGUUCUAGAUAUAGCAGGAAUGAACUUCGCAUGGCAAGUGAUAUGGAAACUGGUAUUGAUUGCAAAAAAGGAAGUACUAUACACAGGUCCCUUAGGCAUCGUCACAUAUCUCUGCGGAUCCUUAUUCAUCGAUAGAAAGAAACCGAAUGAAGCUUACAAAGUCCUGGAGUCCGCGAAACAGCUUAUGCGCCAAAAUAAGACCAAGAUAUGGAUAUUCCCCGAAGGCACGAGGAACACGAAAUGGGACGGGAAGUUAUUACCCUUCAAGAAAGGUGCUUUCAAUGUAGCAGUAUCUGCGCAGGUCCCGAUCAUUCCUCUUGUAUAUUCACCCUACUAUUUCAUUGACAAGGAUAAAUAUAUUUUCAAUAGAGGUCACAUGAUACUACAGUGCUUGGAGCCGGUGCGUACUGAAGGAUUAACUUUGGACGAUGUCCCAGCCCUCGCCGACCGCAUGUACCAGCUCAUGUCUCGCACCUUCGAACAGCUUUCCAAGGAAGUCCAAUCAGCCCGGGAAUGCCAGUGAAAAUAUGAGCUGAAGAAUUUUGAUAAGACUUGACUGAUAAGAUAGUAGAUUAACUAUUUAUAAGUACUAUAUUUAGUCGUUAUUGAGCGAUUAUACCUAGGAAGUUAUUAUACUGGGUGUCCCAUAAGUCCUUUGAAAUCUAAAUUUCGAAUAAAAUUUAAAUGGCGCGCGGAAAUGGCAUGCGGGGUGCGGGGAUAGCAUCAACGGUCUUUGGGAAUUCAUUCACCAUUGAAAGUUUUACCGGAGCCGACCGUGGUUUGUGUGUGCGUGAGUUUUAUCACGACAAUGAUUCGGCCACCAUUGCGCGGCGUAUCUUUUUAUUCCUGUAUUAAGAGGACGAAUUGGAAUUUUUGGCGCCAAGGAUCUCAAUUUUUCUCAG